ACUUUCUCUCUCAUCCUUCCUUUUUUUUUUUUUCUCUAAUUUUCAAACAAAAUAUCUUCUUUUUUUUAAUUUUUAUUAAAUAAUUUUCUUAAAUUCUUCUUAAAUUUUGUGAAAAGUAAUACAAUGCAGCAAACAAAAACAAACACCAAAGAAAAGAAAUUUCACAUUUUUAUUUUUCUUUUCUUUUCUACUGUUUGGCAUUUUCCCUUUGGAUUGGAUAAUUUUUUAUAUGUAUAUAUAGGUAAUAGAGAGAGACAGAGAAAGACGGCAAUGGGAGUCUAUGUGGUAUGUUUCCUCGUGAUCCGUGCACUGUAUACGUGAAUUCCCAGGUUGCGUUAUUGUUAAUUCCAUUCCCACUCGUAGUGUUAGGAAUUAGUCGUAUUCCUUGUUGGGUUUUUGCUUUCUAGACAGAGAAACAAGGAAACUGAGGUUUUAGAGGGGAAAGAUAGGAGCUUUUUCUCUUAAAUUCUGGUGAUUUUGAAUGUGGAGGUUUAAAGGUUGCUUGGUUUAUCCUCAAAUGAUGUUUUUGUUUUCCUGCUAAUUCUGUCUCCAUCCGCUGAUUUCCAGCUGAAUUAUAGCCUUUUCAAGCAACAUGUUCAGGGUUCUGGAGCUGGCCAAGUAUAGAGCUUUUGAUCCAGUGGGGAAGUAUUUGUGAUCAGAAUGGAUCCUCAGGCUUUUAUCAGGUUAUCGAUAGGCUCCCUUGGGCUGAGGAUUCCCGAAACAGUUCUAAAAUCAGGAAUCCAUGCAUUCUCUUCCCCGUGUUCAUGUGAGAUACGGCUUCGAGGUUUCCCUGUGCAAACAACAUCUGUCCCUUUAGUAUCCUCACCUGAAGCAACACCUGAUAUUCACGGCAUUGCCUCAAGCUUCUAUCUUGAAGAAUCAGAUCUGAAAACAUUAUUGACACCCGGUUGUUUCUAUACUCAUCAUGCAUGUCUUGAGAUUGUUGUUUUCACAGGGAGGAAGGGGUCCCAUUGUGGUGUUGGCAUCAAAAGGCAUCAGAUAGGAACAUUUAAGCUGGAGGUGGGUCCUGAAUGGGGUGAAGGAAAGCCAGCAGUUCUUUUCAAUGGCUGGAUAGGUAUUGGAAAAAACAAGCAGGAGAGCAGAAAACCAGGAGCUGAGCUUCAUUUGAGAGUAAAAUUGGAUCCUGAUCCAAGAUAUGUUUUCCAGUUGGAAGAUGUGACCACAUCAAGUCCUCAGAUAGUCCAGCUUCAAGGCUCCAUCAAGCAGCCUAUAUUCAGUUGCAAGUUCAGUCGAGACAGGGUGUCUCAGGUGGAUCCAUUGAGCACCUAUUGGUCAACCUCUGUCGACGGCAUUGACCUGGAAACAGAAAGAAGAGAACGGAAGGGAUGGAAGGUUAAGAUACAUGAUCUCUCUGGCUCAGCUGUUGCGGCAGCCUUCAUAACAACUCCUUUUGUGCCGUCAACAGGUUGUGAUUGGGUUGCCAAGUCCAACCCUGGAGCUUGGUUGAUUGUUCGCCCAGACGUUUGCAGACCUGAGAGCUGGCAGCCAUGGGGAAAGCUGGAGGCAUGGCGCGAACGUGGUAUCAGAUCUGAUUCCAUUUGCUGCAGAUUUCACCUUCUGUCUGAAAGCCAGGAGGGGGGUGAGGUUCUCAUGUCUGAGAUCUUCAUCAGUGCUGAAAAGGGUGGGGAGUUUUUCAUAGACACUGACAGGCAGUUGCGGGCUGCAUCAACCCCAAUACCAAGUCCACAGAGUAGUGGAGACUUUUCAGGGUUAGGUCCAACCGGUGGUUUUGUCAUGAGCUGUAGAGUGCAAGGGGAAGGGAAGCAUAGCAAACCAUUGGUUCAAUUGGCAAUGCGACAUGUGACAUGUGUAGAGGAUGCUGCAAUCUUUAUGGCACUUGCGGUAGCAGUUGAUCUUAGCAUUGUGGCAUGCAGGCCUUUCCGUAGGAGGCUUAGAAGAGGGUCUCGCCAUUCUUUAUAAAAAAGGAAGAAAAUUGCGGUGACUAAUUUUCGUGAACAGAGAAUGGCUUUACUUUUACAUUUUUUUUUUCACUGUUGUGCUGUAACAUUAGGCUUGUGUACAUGAUCUCCUGUUUAUGUUUACUCUUUCAGAAAUUGUUAAGUGGGUCAUAAGGUAAUCAAUACAGCCCACAUGAUACCUUCCUACCAAGGCUUAAUUUUAUAGUCUUCAUACUUGUGAA